ACGAUCAACUAAGGAAGCUUUUUUAUCAACUUGAUAUGAUUAUGGCUCACCAACAUGGCAGCGUGGAGUAGACUUUGUUGUGGUGCUGGACAAAUUUUACUCCGAAACGGAACAAUUUCAGCCUGUCAAGCAGCCAAAAAUGAGCCAUUUAAAAGAUUUAUGUCUGAACACCGACUGUUUCCAUUGGGCCCAUCUCGAUGGAACUGGCACAAAUUUAAGGAUUAUUUCCACAUGUAUGUCUGUCUAACUGGUAUUCCAAUUGCGAUUAGCAUUUUCUUAAUUAACAUUUUUAUUGGUCCGGCACAAUUAGCACCUAUACCAGAAGGUUAUGUGCCAAAGCAUUGGGAAUACGAAAGGCAUCCAAUCACAAGAUUUUUCGCCCGUUAUCUACUCACAUCAGAACAACAAGAAUAUGAAAAAAAUCUUCACUUCUUGUGGGCUGAACAAGAGAGACGCAAAUUACGUAUGUUAGAAACCCAAGUGAAUGAGUUAAUUCAAAACCGAGUUGAUUAUCAACAUCAGUACUACCUACCAUACACUAAUGCAAAAUAUGUUAGAAAAUCAGCUCAAAUUGAAAAAGAUGAUGAUGAACUUUACUCUUCUCCAGAUUAAAUAAUAAAUUAUACUAGAAGUGCUUAUUAUAGCUUUAUAGUUCAACGUGAUUAUUGUUCAAUAAGUUAAAUAUAAUAAAAUAAAAUUUUAA